GGUGUUUUGCGGCCAACAGUUGCAAUACCAAAAGUUUUCCAACAGCAUCUCUCGACCAAAAUAUGAAGUUCCUGAUUGUCCUCUUCGCCCUGGUGGCUCUCGCCGUUGCUGAGCUGCAGCUCUCCGAUGAGCAGAAGGCCACGGCCCAUGCCAAUGGCGCUCUGUGCCUCCAGCAGGAGGGCAUCACCAAGGACCAAGCCAUGGCACUGCGCUCCGGCAACUUCGAGGACACCGAUCCCAAGGUCAAGUGUUUCGCCAACUGCUUCCUGGAGAAGACUGGCUUCCUCGUCGAUGGCCAGAUCAAGCCCGAUGUGGUGCUGGCCAAGCUGGGUCCCAUUGCCGGCGAGGACAACGUGAAGACGGUGCAGGCCAAGUGCGAUUCGCUCAAGGGCGCGGACAACUGUGACACCGCCUACCAGCUGUACCAGUGCUAUCAAAAGCAUCACUCCCAGAUCUAGGUCCAUCUCAGUGCCCUCAAAUGUAUAGUAUUAUGUGCAAAAGGAUUUUGUUUAGCACUUGUUUGUCCAAGUCCAAAAAGUAAAUGUAUAAUGGCGAAA